AUGCCGACGCACCAAGUCCUCCGAUCCCCACUCACGUCCCCACGAUCGACGAAAAUAACCUCCGGCCACGAUUUCGCGUCCACCACGUUCGAACACACCGCGUCUGGAAACGAUUUAAUCCGCAUCGGGCACGCCUCUCAGCAAUUCGAAGACAAACACGCGCACGCGAUACGCAGGAAACAAACGUGUUUAGAGCAGUAUUGCAUACCACCGGACGCGUUACUCGGCGAUCACGGGCCGGAAGUUUCCGAUGCGGAGUAUUAUCGCGCGGUGGUGUGGACCACUAUAGUUGGUACCGUCGUGAAUGUUGUUUUAGUGUUUGUGAAGUUUAUCGCGGGGAUCUUGUGGAACAGUCAAGCGUUGUUGGCGGACGCGGUGCAUUCGCUGAUGGACGUGUUUACGGAUUUCGUGACGUUAGUGGCGGCGAGGAUCGCGGCGAAACCGGCGGAUGAGAAGUUUCCGUACGGGUACGGAAAGUUGGAGAGCAUAGCCGCGGUUUGGGUGAGCGUCUGUUUAGUAUUUAGCGCGGGCGGGAUGUUUUGGUACGUCUGCGAAAAGUUGGUGAGCGAAUACGAGAUUGAGUUUAUGAACUUGACUGGAAGAGGGAGAGCGGAUGGCCAAGAGGAAAAAGAAGACGGGUUGGUGUCGGUGGAGGCAAUAUCGGUUGCGAUCGCGUCCGUGUUAGCGAAAGAAGCGACGUUUCAGUUCACCAUGAGAAUCGGGAAACGGUUGCAGUCGCAAGUGUUGGUCGCCAACGCGUGGCAUCACAGGUCGGAUGCGUUAGGUUCGGUCGCCGCGUUAGUUGGGGUAGUUGGUGCGGUAUACGGAUACCCGAUCAUGGAUAAAUUAGCGGCGAUAUUCGUGUGCGCUUUGUUAGGGAAGGUUGGGAUUGAAGUUGGAUGGGAAGCCGUGAAGACGUUGGCGGAUACGAAUUGCGCGGAGGAAAUCGACGAGAGAGUGAGAGAGAUUGUGAGGAACGAGUGCGGGGAGGACACGCACGUGAGCGGUUUGAGGGCGAGAAUGAACGGGAGAAAGUUAAGCGUAGAUUUCUUCCUCGCGUUUUUAAGAAAAGGUAUAACCACGGAGGAAGUUAUUGGGAAGAUGCAAGCCGCGAGAGAGCGCGUCUUGGAAGAAAUUCCCGAGUUGGGCGAAGUCGUCAUUCAACUCAGAGAUAGCGAAGAGCAGGAGUAUUUGAGAAGCCAAGGAGGAAGUGGUGGUGGUGGCUUUACAUGGUUUACUCGAGGGAAAAGUGGAGGUGGUUUGUAG